UCAUCAUCACCAUUAUUAUGAGCUUCGCUGUGCAGUCUGUCUGUCUAUAUGCCUCAUCUUCUGCUUAUUUCUCAUCUCCCAUGAAGUAUUUUAAAAUCGAACAUAUUCACACGAUAUUUAUUGGGUUCUGUCUCUCUGAGAGGUUCAUAAUCUGAGAGAUUGGGGUAAGAAUAACCGAAACAGCAUUUAGACCAUUUUAAACGUUAUUAAUUCAACAAAUAAGACGAGAAAUAGAGCUGUUAUUGUCUUCUGGGCGUUUUACUGCAUUUUCGGACCUGGCAGUGUUGUUAUUGUUAAUCAUCCACAGGGACAAAAGCACCAGCUGUGACAUGGGAUAUGUUUAGAGAUGGAGAAACACAAGAGUUCUAGUGAAGAGGACAGUUCUGGGGAGAGAGGUCUGCUCCAUAAGUGGAGAGGAUAUUCCUACAGCACCACACCAGAUAGGGUGCUGCUCUCCCGGCCGGUGCUCCAGGCUGCCCUCGGGGCUAGACAUGGUGUUCUGCUUGUAGAGGGGGGACAAGUCUACAGUUUUGGUGAGUUGCCAUGGAAGCAAACCCAAGGGUCAUCAGUGGCAGCUGAGCCCAUUCUGGAGGCGGUGCUUAGUGAACAACGUGUAGUUUUUGUGGCAGCUGGCUCCGCCCACAGCGGAGUUGUAACAGAGGAUGGAGGUGUGCACAUGUGGGGAGAAAACAAUCAUGGCCAAUGUGGCCUAUCAGGACUCUCUGUUAUCCCUAACCCCACCCCUGUGGGAGUGGUUGACUCUGAGACCAUGCCUUCUCAGACAGUGAAGAUCCAGGAGGUAGCAUGUGGGGAUGAGCACACACUGGCUCUUUCAGCCAUGCACGAAGUCUGGGCUUGGGGGAGCGGCUGCCAGCUGGGCCUGAACACCUCAACUUUUCCUGUCUGGAAGCCCCAGAAGGUGGAGUACCUGGCUGGAAGGCAUGUUCUGCAGGUGGUCUGUGGAGCCUCUCACAGCCUGGCUUUAGUGCGCUGUCUCCCCGCUCCACAGGAACCUUGCAAACCCCCCCCAGACAAGUGUGGCCAGUGCCAUCAGCUGCUCUACACAAUGACAGACAAGGAGGACCAUGUUAUCAUCUCUGAUGGCCAUCACUGUCCACAAUGGGUUGAGCUUGAGAACACUGAGACUAAAUCUGGCUUAGAAGGUAGCCCAGAUCAGGGGUCACUGGGUAAGACCGGUAAAAACUCUCUCUUGGAACUUAGUGAGAUUCCAAAAUCACCUACCUCAAGCACCAACCCUGCAUCUACGCCUCCCUCUUCAAGCACACCUGCUUCUGAACCUCAAAAUCAGCCACCUGUAUAUGGCCAAGAACCUGCAGAUCUAUCCAUAACAGGCUUAAACGAGCCUGAAGAUCCAGUCAUUAAUGGAGAGGCUUGUGUUGAAGCCUCAGAGACCAGCAACUCUGAGCCGGACUGUUGUAAGGCCUCAAGUGGGUCUGUGUUAGGAACAGGGAUGAAGUCCUCUCCAUACCCCGAUGAGCAGGCGGUGAAGGCCUACCUGAAGAGACUCUCUGAUCACUCGCUGCCAGAGCACACAGCCAAGACCUCCAGUACGCUUCACUCUGCUCAGCUCUCUGGUGACCCUGCUGAUGCUUUCACAUGUAACCCUUUGAUUCCGGUUGCCCAGUCUGUGACUCCAAUGGGGUCAGCGCUAAAUAACCUAGUGGUGUCAUGUGCGUCUGCUGUUGGGGAACGUGUAGCAUCCACAUAUGAGGCGCUUUCUCUGAGAAAAGUGAUUGGUUACUGGGUUCCAGGAGAGGGGCGUGAGCGUGUUGAGGAGAGACUGCGUCAAGAGGAGCCCAUGCAGGGGAAGAAAAGCUCUAGCCUGGGGGACAUUCGUGAGGAGGAGGCGGAGCUUAGCCGUCGCCUCUCUCUGCCUGGCCUGCUCUCUCAGGGUGUCCCAUCUAUUGCUGUUGCCAUGGUUAUAGACAAUGCAGAGCCUCAGGUGAAGGCAUCGUCUUCCACUGCAGCGACCGAAGUGUCUCCUCGUCUUUUGCGACGGACGAGCCGUCCCCGAAUGCGGGCUGUUCCGCUUGCUUCAGGAGGCGUACCUGAGGCCGACACCCACUUGCCCUCCUUGCAGACAGAAGUGUGGAGCUGGGGGCGGGGCCAGGAAGGGCAGCUCGGACAUGGAGACCUCGUUCCCAGAGCGCAGCCCGUCUGUAUUAAGAGUCUGAAUGGUAAAGAGGUGCUGAGAGUGGCUGCAGGUGCUCAUCACUCUCUCGCCCUUACAGCACAAUCACAGGUAUUCUCCUGGGGCUGUAACACCUCUGGACAGCUGGGACACAUGGAAUCACCCACCACUUUCCCCCACUUAACCAAGCUGUCAGAGGGGAUUCGUGUCUGGGAUAUAGGGGCGGGGCAACAGCACACUCUCCUAUUGGCUGAUGGAGAUUGCAUCCAGCCAAUCCUGUACUACAGUGGGCAGCAGGUGAAAGAUGAGGUGGAGCAGAUGGGAGAGGAGCAAACUGGGGAGUACACACAGCAGCCUGUGCUGCUCCCCUUUUGUAUGAAUCUGGGUUAUGUGAGCAGUGUGUGCGCGGGUGGACAGAUUUGCGCGGCAUUGGCGGACCGUAAUGUAAUGGGUUUUAUUGCCAGUCUGCAUGAGCUGGUGGCCACAGAGAGAAAAUACUACUGCAAGCUCAGCAAUAUCAAGAGACUCCUGCUCCAACCACUGCUCAAACUGGACUCUUUAAGCUCCACCCUUGGUCAGUCCUCUGCAGGGCUGCUGCAAAAUCUGAUUGGACGAUUGAGUCGACUGUCUCAGCUAACGGGUCAAAACUCUGCCUUAUUGAGCUCUAUCCUGCGGCGCUCGCGUGAUAUCCGAGGUCUUGCUCUUCUUGACGAUGCACAACUGUUCCUGGACAGUUAUUCAGAGUACUGUACUGCAGUUUGUGAUCUCUUAGUCAUGGGGGGAUUUCAGGCACUUGUCAAACCUUGCAAUGAUGUGUUUGGGAAGGGGGCGGAGGUUGUUCAGAGGUUGUCUGAGUGCUCUGAAGAGGGUUUGCCCAUAGCUGAUAAUCUGGCUCAUCUAUUUUACCUGCCUUUAAAGCACUUGCAUGAAUAUGGACGACUGCUGCUCAAACUGGCUACCUGCUAUGAAGUGCACUCUGUGGAUUAUCAGAAGCUUCAAGAUGCCAGCUCCAAAUACGAGUCAAUGGCUCUUCAUCUGAAGAGGAGGAGGAAGGACGCAGAGUACACACUCCAUUUCUGGAAGACCUUUCCUGGAAAGAUGACCGACUCCCUCCGGAAGCCGUCUCGUCGGCUGAUCUGUGAAAGCAGUAAUAAAGCUUUGAGUCUUCAGAACGCAGGGCGUUUUUCCGUCAACUGGUUCAUCCUCUUUAACGAUGCGCUCGUCCAUGCACAGUUUUCCACUCAUCACAUCUUCCCAUUGGCUACGCUGUGGGUGGAGCCUAUUUCUGAGGAAAACACUGGCCUGUAUGGUUUAAAGGUGACAUCACCAGAGGAGAGCUUCACUCUGAUGACCUCCUUACCAGCUGAAAAGGCAAAGUGGCUUCGUUCUAUAAACCAGGCGGUGGAGCAGGCGCUUGGUGGACAGGGGCAUGAUGGGAUAUCUCCUUCCGCAGGGUUGACGCAGAGAGUAGACCCACCUAUUUCACGCACGGCAUCGUACACGUUCUACAAAGAGAGUCGGCUCAAGGAGGCCAUGUACGAGGGACGAUGGGUCUCGGGAAAACCCCAUGGGCGGGGCGUGGUCAAAUGGCCAGAUGGAAGAAUGUACACGGGGACAUUCAAGAACGGCCUUGAAGAUGGUAUUGGAGAGUAUGUGAUACCAAACAAAAACCUGAACAGUUUUGAUCAUUACCAAGGGCAAUGGAAAGAUGGAAAGAUGCAUGGCUUUGGAACGUUCAAGUACGCUUCCGGUGAAGUUUACGAGGGCUUGUUUCAAGAUAACUUGCGUCACGGUCAUGGGAUGUUGAGUAGUGGAAAACUGAACUCCUCUCUCAGUGUCUUCAUUGGCCAAUGGCAAUACGACAAGAAAUCUGGCUAUGGCAUUUUUGAUGACAUCACCAGAGGGGAGAAAUACAUGGGUAUGUGGCUGGAUGAUCAGCGUCAGGGGAAUGGAGUUGUUGUUACACAGUUUGGCCUUUACUAUGAAGGUGCAUUCAGUAACAACAAGAUGAUGGGCACUGGUGUGUUACUCUCUGAAGAUGACACCACAUUUGAAGGGGAGUUUUCAGAGGACUGGACUCUAAGUGGAAAGGGUGUGUUGACGAUGCCUAAUGGAGACUACAUUGAAGGUUCUUUCAGUGGGGUUUGGGGCACCGGACUAAAGAUCUCCGGUUCCUACUACAAACCCAGUCUCUACGACUCGGACAAGGACACGCCUAAUGCACUUAAGCUGGGCAGGAUAGCGGUCCACUCUGAGGAGAAGUGGAAGGCUGUGUUUGUUGAGUGCUGGAACAGUCUGGGCUGUGACUCUCCUGGACUGGGACAAACCAGUAUAGCAUGGGACAACAUCGCCAUAUCACUCACUGCUAACAGGAGACAGCAGAGAGACAGUCCAGAGUUGCUGAGUCGCUCUCAUCAUAAAACACUGGAGAGUCUUGAGUUCAUCCCACAGCAUGUGGGUCCUGUUACAUUAGAGGUGUAUCAUACAAUCCGCCGGUACCUUGUCAAGGCAUGUGACACCCCGCUGCAUCCUCUGGGUCGGCUGGUGGAGACGUUGGUUUCGGUGUACCGUAUGACUUAUGUUGGUGUUGGAGCAAAUCGUCGAUUACUUCCCCAGGCCGUCAACGAGAUCAAGUCCUAUCUCUGUCGCAUCUUCCAGCUUGUCAGGUUCCUCUUCCCUGAUUUGCCAGAGGAAGGCUGUUCACUGGCCGAGCCUCCUAAAGAGAAGAGUGACUCAGACACCCCUGGGAAGCAUCCGGGGUCUCCUAAACCUGGGUGUGUGGUCAGCAGCUCUGCUCUGCUCCUUCCGGUACUUUUGCCACGUCUCUAUCCUCCUCUCUUCACUCUCUACGCUCUAGAUAAAGAGAAGGAGGAUGAUGUGUACUGGGAGUGUGUGUUACGACUCAACAAACAACCAGACCUCGCAUUGCUCGCCUUUCUUGGGGUUCAACAGAAAUUCUGGCCUGUGACUGUUACUGUACAUGGAGAAAAACAACAGGUCAUAUCAAGCACUAAGGACGCCUGUUUUGCCUCAGCGGUUGAGACACUACAACAAAUCAGCACAACUUUCACGCCUUCAGAUAAGCUCCAGGUCAUCCAGCUGACCUUUGAAGAGAUAACCCAGGUUGUACUUGCACUCCUGAAACAAGAUUUCCUGUGGUCUAUGGAUGACCUGUUUCCUGUCUUCCUCUUCGUUGUUUUGCGUGCACGUAUAAGGAAUCUGGGGUCAGAGGUCAGCCUGAUUGAAGACCUGAUGGAUCCGUGUGUACAACAUGGAGAGCACGGAAUCAUGUUCACCACGCUCAAGGCAUGCUACUAUCAAAUCCAGCAUGAGAAGGUCACGUAAUGAACGGUUUCUUCAAACACCUCUGGAAUGACUGACAAACAGACCAGCCAAUCAGAUUGUUCCAUCUGUGGAGGACCUAACGUGUGAUGAGCCAGUCACAUUGUGUGCCUGGUCCACAAAGCCCAGGGAGGGUGAUACUGCCGACUGGCUGAUUGGCCCAUAGUCACGCCAAACCAUCCAGAUUUCUGGGGAAGUUAGUCUUUGGUUGUGGCAAGGAUUUGAUUUUUUCAUCUAUACUGCAUCUGAAACGAUUCUAACAUUUAUUCUUUCAUUUUUUGUCCUUCCUCACUUAGUUUACUAUUACACUACUACCAAGAUGAUGUAACAUGAUUUACAUCCGGUAUGAUUAUAUGGUUUAUUCAGUGUUUCACUGGCUCAAAGUUAAAGGGUCAAUUCCACAGAAUGAAAGGAGCUUAACAGAGCAAUGACAUCAGCCGGUAUUGACUAUCUAUGAAGUUAUCAUGGUUGCCAUCUACCUCUGUCUUUGAAGUAAACCACCUGUUAACCGAAAUUGUUCCUGAUAGUAUUAGAUCAUUCAAUGCAAUGAGCACACUGCCUUGGACCUCAUUCAUGCAUCCAUUCGUAAAAAUGCAACAAGAUACGUGUCGUCUUGAUAAAUGACCAUGAAAAAAUGGCAAGACAUGGACUGUGGUCCCACAAGCAGAUUUGUGUUCAAAUAUCUGCCUGACAUCUGAUCUAUAUGGAAUACAAUUGGUGGGCUGUUUUAUCUAUUUCCAUGCACAGAAUUGAUGACCUGCUUUAUUCUAUAUAAAUCUGUGCUUCUUAUUUCGAUUGAAUAUUGUUGUAACAGCUGACUCUAAAGUGUGUAGAUCAUUCUCUAUGCAGUCGCAUAGUAUGUUUUGUGUUCAAAUGACUUUUUCCAGUUGCAGAUGACUUUCAAGCGUUCAUUCCAUAUAACAUUUGGAAUUGUUUCAAACCAUGGGUGUUUAAUGUGAGGGUGGAGUAUAUUAGGGUCAGGUGCUCGCAUGUUUUUGUUAACAUUCAGAAUCUGCGAAAGCAGGACGAAUGUUUUGAGGUCUUGCUCCCAUGCGCCGCAAUGCUCAAGCAAGGGCGUAGAUUUGGCUUGAACAUUGGGGGGAAUUCAGCAUGAACCAUUUAUAUUUUUCCAUUGGGGGGGUGUUGUACUUGGUUUUUAUUAUUGGGGAGGUUACCUUCCCCCAUCCCCCCAGAAUCUGCACCCCUGUGCUCAAGAUUUGCAUGUUUAACUAAUUUUACUACGAGAUCUGCUUUCUACCAAUCCCAGUGUUUGUGUAAAGAGCCACUAUUAGCAGAAAGUUCAUCAUGAAGCACAAGCACUGUAAUAUUUAUUGCUGAAACUAGUACUUAUUUCUUAACACUACAAUGGGUUGUUCAUCUAAAAUGAAAAUUCUGUCACAAUAUACUCACCCUCAUGUUGUUCCAAACCUGCAUUAAUUUGAGAAAUUUUAGUGAACAUGCCAUUUUGUCUCUCCAACACAUCACACUGGUACAAAAUCAGUUAAAAGCUUAAAAAAAGUGCCUAAAAGUAUCAUAAAAGUAGUGCGAUUCGUCAUAUUCCAAGUCUUCUGAAGGCGUAUGAUAGGUUUUGGUGUGAAACAACCCAAAAUGUAAUACAUUUUUCAAUUAAAAUCGUAUUGUUCAUUACGCGUUCACUGUAGCCGUUCACAGUACAGUAUCAUGUAUAUUCAAAAUACUUUGAAUAUGAUGAAAGAGUUGCGUGGACUACUAUUAUGAUGCUUAUUUCUGUCUUUUUUUAAGCUUUAAAUUGAGUCACUAUCAAAUGAGAUUGUAUUGAAAAGGAAGACCAAGAUAUUCAUUGAAACGUGUGUUCAGUAUUGGAAAGAAAGACAUAUGGGUUUGGAAUGACAUGAGGAUGAGUAGAUGACAUACUUGAAAUUUUUGGGGGAACUAUUCCUUUAAGAAUUCUGAAAAGUGCCUCUGACAGUGUUAUGGAUGUUUAUCAUGGUGUCACUAUACCCAGCAAUAGCUACAGUACGAGUUGAGUGUCAAGUUUUUAUCGCAAACAGACUAAUGCAAAUUCUUUUAUUGACUUUUGUUUUAUUUAUUUGAUGGUUAGGUCUGUGUGCAGCUAAAAUAAUCUGAGUGGUGCAGAUAAUCUGCAGGGCAAUUCACACACAGAGCAACAUAAGGACAAUGACAUGAGAAGUGGCUCGGAGUGAGUUUGAAUAAAUGGUUGGAAAAUCCAUCCCAAGGAUCAGAGAUCUGGAUUCCGACAUCUGAGCUGUGUCUAAUCGGACAAACUCUGUGAAACGGUUACGGCAAAGAACUGGAUGUUUAUUUACAUCCAUUGACACUUGAAAUGUUGCAUGAAUAUCAUGAUUGUACUUUUGGUACAGGAAGUCAACAGUGUAGACUUUUUCGUCUGCUGAGCCAAAGUACCCACAUUAACCUUAAUGUGUCGCACGUUAAUCUGAAUGUGCGUCUAUGUAAAGUAUGUAUGAUGUUUUUGUGUAAUUUGUUUCUUUUAUUGUUCAAGCUGUUUACCGACUCAUAGUUCAAAUGGAAGGCAAUAAACUGAUGAAUGGAA